AAAGAUAAUUGAUUUGAAAGAGAUAAUAUGUUUAAUUGAUUAGCCUUGACCAGGACGUUCUUUGAGGUUGCAACAACAGCUACAUCAGCAGCUUGGUUACUUGUGGCAUCAUCGCAUGAUUGAGCUGGAGAAGCACCAACUAGCUAGUUCACGCCCUUGCUGUCCAGCAUUGGAAUUAGAAGUCCCUUUAAACAGUGCAUGUGCAGUAUGAGCUGUUCCAUUCGGUGGAGACAGUCCAGCUCCUGCUGCACCAACAUGCUGUGCAUGCACAUCAUCCAAGCCUCCUACUGUACCAAACUGCGCCAGUUUAGUGGCUGAAUCAGUAGCUGCUUCACCAGCCAGCUGCCUUUUCUUUUGACGGAACAUAGUUGGAUCACCAUGCUGGUUAACUUUGGAUUUAUCCGUUACAUGAUCAGUCCCUUCCUCCACACUUCACACAAGAACCUUAAAGAAGCCUAACACAUUGAAAAAAAAAUAACUCAACACCUUUGUUGCAUGCACAUCAUCCACAACCUAGUAUUGAACCUCCACCCCCACUUGUACAUCAAUGUAGAACAUUACCUUCCCCGACAUGUCAACCUCGAACCUUAAAGUUGAGGUUAUUUUCCACCAACAAAACUAACUCUGCACCUCAACUAAAUCUGCCACCUCCACCUGAAUCUCAAUUUGAUUCUCAUCCUACACAUCCACCUCAAUCUCAUAGUCAACCGACACAUGCUUCUAAGCCUGAUUCUCAACCUUCACUUGCAUCACCAUUUGGUUCUCAGCCUAUACUUAGUAAUGAACCAGAGUCUGACUUUGAUAGUGAAGUGGAAGCAAAUGAAAACAUUGAAAUUCAAAAAUCGCAACCUAUAGCUCGUAAGAGAGCCUAGACAGUUGAUGUGAUUGAUGACCAAGGCACAAAGAACACAAAGUCACUUACGGUGAAUGAUGUUUGGUCGUUGCCUUCUAAUGAAAGGGUUGUUGUAGAAUGGAAUGAUGAAGACCAAGCAAUUGCAGAUAGUGGAGCAUUGUUAAAUAGGUUCUUAGGUCACCUUGCAAGAGACUCUGAUGUAUUCCCUAUCAGUUAUACUAGUUGGAAGAAGAUUCCUAAAGACUACAAGCAAAAUGUACUUAAGGACAUCAUUCAAGCUAAGUUUGAAGUUGAGCAUGAUCUUCACGUGGCUUAUAUCUUCAAAUCACUUAACAUAAAAUAGAGAGAGCAUCGUUAAGAAUUGUGGCAACAAAGGGAUGAUGGAACUCAUAAUAGAGAUCAAUUGAUUGCAAUGGUCCCAGAAGGAUUAAAUAAAGAUCAAUGGGCAUCUUUUGUAGACUAUCGUUUAGAUUCAAAAACUAAGGAAAAAGCCCAAAAAAAUAAAGAGAAUAGAAAAAAGCAAACAAUUCCCCACACAGGUGGUUCCAUGAGCAUUGCACGCAAGAAGCAAAAGAUGGAAUUAGAGUGUGGCCGCAAAGUUAGUAGGGGAGAAAUAUGGAUAGCAACACAUAAACAUGCUAAUGGGGAAUUCGUGAAUGAUGAAGCCAAAGAAAUUGGAGAAAAAAUUGAAUCAUAUGAAUUGAGUGGAAGCAUUUCAAAAGACAUAUCAAGUCAAGAUUCCUUAGCUCAAACUUUAGGAAGUCAAGAACAUUGUGGACGUGUUCGAGGAUUAGGAUUAGGACCUUGCCCAUCCCGUGUGUUUGGACACACUGUACGCUCAUAUAGUGGGAUAUCCUCAUUUUCUCCUUCUUGUAGAGAGUUACAAAAUGAGGUUAUUGAAUUGAAAUCACAAAUGGCUGAACAAAAUCAGAAAAUAGAGGAACAAAAUAAAAGAUUUGAGACAAUGAUGAAUUUUUUUGCACAGAAUUAUCAAGGCAAAGGCUUCCUGACUUGCCUGUAUUUCAAUCUUCACCGGUAUCUGACCAAGGAAGUGCACAACCAAUUAAUGUCCCUAAUCAUUCUCCAACAAAUUCUCAAGAUAGAAAAUAGGGAUAUAUUUGUUAGGGAGAGAUGUUGACCUUUUUGUUUUACGAAA